AUGACUUCGAGCUCUCUGCCCUGUCUGGCUGCUGCCGACGCUGCAUUCGGACCCCGUGUCAGUGUCGCAUGCCGAGCCUUUGACUUCACUGUCUACUUUGAGGAUUUGUUCUUCGCCUGCCUGCCCGCUGCGCUAUUCCUUCUAUGCUGUCCAGUUUCUGCAUGCCUGCAGUGGAAGGAGCCUCGUCGGAUUAAGCGAUCGAAACUGCUCAUUUGGAAGCUUAUCUCCUUGGUUGCGCUUUGGGUGUGCGAGACAAGUUUUCUUGUCGUGCGGAGACUAGGUUACCCAGCCCUCCGAAACAAUGCUUCGUUGGCUGCCGACAUGCUGGGGGUGGUCGCCAUCGCAGGUGCUGGAGGAUUAUCGUACAUCCACCAUUGUCAUUCCAUUCGACCAUCCACGCUGCUUGCACUUUUCCUUUCCGCUAGAUCUCUUUUGACAAUUGCCAGAGUGAGAACGCUGUGGCUUAUCGGAUCUUCAACCAAUGAGGCCAUAGUUCUCACUCUGGGCUUGGGUUUCACCAUCUGCUCAGUGGUUUUCGAAUCCCUGGGUAAGGAAGCUUCCUUGGUUUCGUCAACGCUGAAGCCCGCGACACCUGAGCCCUUCAGUGGCUUCUGGAAACAGGCGAGCUUCGCAUGGCUGGCGGGGACGUUCCACCAGGGCUACUCAAACGUGUUUACCGUCACCGAUUUGCCUGACCUUGAUCCGCAACUAAGUGGUAGAGAUGUCGGAAGGAAGCUACAGGAGGCCUGGGCCCACAAAGAGGAUAAAUCGGCAAAACACGCACUGCUCCGUUCCUGUCUGCGUGCCUACCGCACUCCGUUUAACUCGGCAUUUAUUCCGCGUCUGUGUCUGUCCGGGUUUACGUUUUGCCAACCGUUUCUUGUCAAUGCAACAGUUUCCUGGGUUGGGAAUACCUAUGCUCCAAUGGACUUUGGCAGAGCCCUGAUAGGGGCAUUUGCCAUUGUUUACUGCGGAAUGGCCGCGAGCAAUGCGCUUUACGGAUACUUCACGUUCCGCUUUACGAUUCGCCUCCGGGGCGGCUUGAUCUCACUUAUCCACGGACAAACGGUGCAGACCAAAGCGGCACAUCUGGGCGGAAACACAGCCAUAACCCUAAUGGGAACCGACGUCGAACGGAUCGCAAGUGGCUUUCGAUUAAUCCAUGAGAUGUGGGCCAGCAUGAUCGAAAUCGGCGUCGCGAUUUACCUGCUCGAGAGACAGGUCGGGGUGGCCUGUAUCGUCCCCGCCCUGAUUGUUGUUGUCUUUGUCGGUGCCACAGUCAAGCUCUCAGCAGCUAGCAGUACCUCACAGCGUGCUUGGAUUGAGAGAGUUGAGGAGCGGCUUCGGAUCACCUCAUAUUCCCUGGAGAGGAUCACAGAGGUCAAGAUGCUGGGAUUGUCAGAAACAAUCUCGCGCGUAAUCCGGGGUCUUCGCGCGGCUGAAAUCGCUGUAUCUGCAGUGUUUCGAAAACUGCUCAUUGUGCGAGUUAUUCUCUCCAAUGCACCGACAAAUCUGGCUCCUAUGGCGACAUUCGUGGUGUACGCAAUUAUUGCUCUAGUGAGGGACGACCGAUCAAUUCUCGCGGCCACAGCCUUUACUUCCAUUUCCCUCAUUAGCCUGGUGACGACCCCGGUGUUGACUUUCAUUCAAGCACUGCCAGCGGUUAUACAAUGCUUGGGAUGCUUUGAUAGGAUCCAGGAAUAUUGCAACGAGGUGCCGGGGCCUCAACGUGCCGAUACCUCCGACCAUCGACCUUUCCCGGGUGCUGACGGUGAUACGCCAAUAGCUUUGGUGCAGGUUGCUGGUUCCUCGAAGAAUGGAGGUGCCAUACAGGAAAUGGAAGGCCAGAGUUUUGGAUGGGACCGAUCUGCACCCGCCGUACUCCGCAAUAUUAGCCUCCAGGUACCUCGAGCCGCGAUAACUAUGAUUAUUGGGCCUACCGGAAGCGGAAAAUCGACCUUGAUAGGGAGCAUUCUCGGUGAAACCGUUGCUCUUGGGUGCCCUUAUGAAGGUAGUCGAUCUGGUGUUGCAUACUGUGGCCAAGAGACGUGGCUGCGAAGCCAAACGAUACGCCAGAACGUUCUUGGUGAGCUUCCAAUGGAUCGACAGUGGUAUAGAACAGUCAUAUCAGCUUGCGGGUUGCAAAAAGAUCUCGCUCAACUUCCUCAGAGUGACAUGACACCCCUUGCCGGUAAUGGGACCACGUUGAGCGGGGGACAGAAACAACGCGUCGCAUUAGCUAGAGCUGUCUACUCUCGGCACAAAAUUGUUUUGCUGGACGAUGUGUUUAGCGGCAUUGAUGCUACGACUGUGGAACAUAUUGCCAGACACCUGUUUGGUCCUGGAGGACUGCUACGCAAGAUGCACACAACAGUUGUGCUUGCCACCCACUCGAGAUUCGUUCUCCAAUACGCCGAUAAGAUCGUUGUGCUUGCCGAUGGCCGCAUUGUCGAAACCGACACUUUGCAGAACCUCAAAGCCGGCAACGCCUUUGUUCAGGAUAUGGAUAAUGCUCUACCAAUUCCCUCUCCGCUAGCUAUCCAAUAUGGGAAGGAGACCAUUUCUCCCUUUCGGGAUCCAGAUGAUGAUGAUGAUGAUGAUGAUGAUGAUGACGAUAGCGACGAGGCCGAGUCAUGCAGUGAACAACAAAGUCAAAGUUUGAGUCGUCAGCAAGGAGACCUGUCCAUUUAUGCCUACUAUGCUUCUGCCUCGGGGAAGAUUACAGUCGCUUUGUGUUUGGGGUGCGCACUAAUUUGGGCCAUCUGCGGCGAGCUCACAACUGUGUGGCUCGAUAUCUGGACGUCGGCUAAUGCGGAGCAUCCCAACUCGCGGCUUGGCAUGUACCUGGGUGUAUAUGUCUUCUUGGGAAUUGCCAGUAUUUUCUUCGCGAUCGCCGUCUCCUGGUACGAUUACGCCUGUCUAAUGCAGCUGUUCCGAAGAACUAACUCACCAAUGACAUUGUGUAGGCUUCUCAUGGUCAAUAUCGUGUCAUCCUCGGCGCUAAAAUUGCAUGAGAGAGUGCUGACCAGUACAUUUCGGGCGCCAAUCCAUUUUUUCCACCAGGUUGAUAUUGGGAGUAUCACGAAUCGGUUCAGCCAGGAUAUGGACCUCAUUGAUAUGAGCUUGCCUAUAGAAGUCUUCAACGUACUUGCCUGUAAACUAACAUUUAUGCUAAUGUUAGGGGGCUGCACAUGCCUCGUCAAGCUGGUUAUCCUGUGCGUCUUCGCUAAAUACCUGUCCGUUGCCGUCCCCUUUGCGGGCGCGGUGGUGUAUUUUACGCAAAGAUUUUACCUCCGGACAUCGCGCCAGUUGCGAUUCCUCGACAUCGAAGCGAAGGCGCCGUUAUACACUCACUUUCUCGAGCUCGUCAAAGGGGCUGCUACGGUCCGCGCGUUCGGUUGGCAGCGCAGCUUUGACGAGGCCUGUCUCUCUCUUCUUGACGCCUCGCAGCGUCCAGUAUACUUGCUGUUGUGUGUGCAGCAAUGCCUGGGGUUCUUUUUGGACAUGCUCGUCUCCAUAUUGGCUAUUAUCCUCAUUACCACCGUUGUAUUUCUCCGCGAAAAAUUCGACCCGGGGGAUGUGGGUGUUGCACUGGUUAUGGUAAUGACCUUCAAUAAUACGUUGAUGCAGCUCGUCAAGGACUGGACGAAUAUGGAGACAUCUAUUGGUGCCGUGUCUCGCGUCAAGGGCUACACGAGCACGACGGAUCCGGAGGAAAACACUGCAAAUGUGCCGUCUCUGCCGGGGGACUGGCCGGCUGUUGGGAGAGUCGAGCUGUCCGCUGUAGUAGCCAGCCACCCGAGUCGAUCGGAGCUUGUCUUGAAGGAGGUCUCAAUCUCAAUCAAGGCGGGUGAGAAGGUUGCAAUCUGCAGGCCAUCUGGAAGUGGGAAGACAUCCCUCAUCCUUGCCUUGCUUGGGAUGGUCGAGGUACAAGAGGGUACCAUCAGCAUUGACGGGAUCAAUAUUCUGGAGCACUCACGGGCUCAAGUCCGCAGGAAAUUGAACGUCGUGACACAGGACCCCUUCCUGAUUGCUGGGAGUGUUCGCUUCAACAUUGAUCCUUUACAGACAGCGUCCGAUCAGAAAAUUAUCAGCGCAUUGCAGAUCCUUGGCCUGUGGGAUAGGAUUGCACAGGAAGGUGGCCUGGAUGGACGAAUGGAACCAGACGCAUGGUCGCAGGGCCAGAGACAGCUUCUCUGUCUCGCCAGAGCAAUGGUCCAACAGGGCAAAUUAUUGAUCCUGGACGAGGCAAUGAGUAGGUAUGCUAUGUUAUAUGCCAUCACAAACGCGGACAAUGCUUACCCAGCCUUUUUUCCCAGUGUCGACAACGAGACUGAAGACAUUAUGCAAGCAGCAAUCAACAGCGAGUUCUCAUCGCAUACAGUCCUCGCUGUCAUGCACCGCCUGAGGCAUAUUUAUUGUUAUGACCGCGUUGUCCUUCUCGUUGACGGGGUUGUGGUCGAGUUCGAUUCGCCUACAGCACUACUUACUAAACAGUCGCGCUUUAAAGAGCUCUACGAGAGUGGAAAGAUGUAA